CGUCAGCCAGGCCAGUGCACGAUGCGUCCGACGUGAGCCCGGCACACGGCAAACUGUAUCUCCGCGAGUACGCCGGCGAGGAGGAGCGGCCGCCGUGCCGGGAGGACUGGCGCCGGCAGGAGUGGUCGGGCGCGCGGAGCCGCCUGCCGCAGGUGGACCGCAGCCCGUCCCGCCGCAGCCCCUACCUCGCGCGCGAUGACGAGCCGUCGCCCGCGCCCGACGAGCGCGGCCGCUCCGCCUCGGCCGGGGCGCACCACCGCGCGCGCCCGCGCCCGCUGCGCUACCAGUCGCUGGAGCGGGACUACGAGCGCUCCUACGCGCCGCCGCCGCCGCCCGAAGACGACUACUACCGCCGCGAGCCGCCGCCGCUGUUCCUGGGCGAGCUGCAGAGCCAGAACUCCGACCUGCAGCGCGAGCUCGGCAACCUCAAGAAGGAGCUCGAACUGACCAACCAGAAGCUGGGCUCCAGCAUGCACAGCAUCAAGACAUUCUGGAGCCCGGAGCUGAAGAAGGAGCGCGCGCUGCGCAAGGAGGAGAGCGCCAAGUACAGCCUCAUCAAUGACCAACUCAAACUGCUCAACCAAGAAAAUCAGAAACAAGCGAUGCUGGUACGACAACUGGAGGAAGAACUGAGGCUGCGCUUACGACAACCCGCUCCUGAGCUGCAACAACAACUGGAAGCGCUCUAUGCUGAGAAUGAACACCUACAAAGAGAGAUUGCGAUACUGAGAGACACGAUAAAGGAGUUGGAAUUAAGGAUUGAAACACAGAAGCAAACGUUACAAGCACGAGAUGAAAGCAUUAAGAAAUUACUGGAAAUGCUACAAAAUAAAGGAAUGGGUAAAGAAGAAGAAAGACAGAUGUUUCAACAAAUGCAAGCGAUGGCACAAAAACAGUUGGAUGAGUUUCGACUGGAGAUUCAGAGACGGGACCAGGAGAUCCUCGCGAUGGCGGCGAAGAUGAAAGCUCUGGAGGAGCAGCACCAAGACUACCAGCGACAUAUAGCCGUCCUCAAGGAAUCGCUUUGCGCCAAAGAAGAACAUUAUAGCAUGCUUCAGACUGAUGUGGAAGAACUGAAAGCCCGCCUGGAUGAAAAGAGCAGGAUGGUGGAAAAGAAGACUGCAGCGGUGCUCGCGGCUGCCCACGAGCUGGCAGAGCUUAGAGAUCACUCAGAGAUCAAGGAUCGGAAGAUCAACGUGUUGCAGAGGAAGAUCGAAAACCUAGAAGACCUCCUAAAAGAGAAGGAUAAUCAAGUUGAUAUGGCGAGAGCUAGACUAAAUGCAAUGCAAGCACACCAUUGUUCAUCUGAAGGUGCACUUUCCUCCCUUGAAGAAGUAAUUGGUGACAAAGAAAAGCAAAUACAGCAGCUUAGAGAACAAAGAGAUAGAGCUGAACACGAAAAGAAUGAAGAAAGAGAACUACAUGAACGAGAGAUAGCAGAUUAUAAGAUGAAACUUCACGCACUAGAAAGUGAAGUAGAGAAACUUGGCGCCAGGUUAGAAAGAGCUCAAGCAGAGAAAGACAGACUCGAAGCUAAAUUAGAAAGUUCACAAUCUGAGUUAGGAAAAUCAAAGGCUGAGUUAGACAAAGCGGCAAGCGAGGUAGGCAGAUCAGGCGCUGAUUGGGAAGCGGCUAAACAACGGCUGGCUAGACUCGAACUGGAGAAUGAGCGACUAAAACACGAGCUUGAAAGAUCUCAGACAACGUUUGGUAGGAGUACAUUGACAACAUCUCAAGAAUUGGAUCGAGUUCAAGAAAAAGCCGACAAGAAUGCUGCAGAGUUGAGAAGAACAUUAGCAGAAUUGAGAGUAACGCAAGCAGAUGCUGAGCGGGCUAGAUCCGAAGCCAGCGCCCUUCAGGACAAACUUGAAAAGUCACAAGGUGAAGUCUAUCGUCUCAAAGCAAAACUUGAAAAUGCACAAACUGAACAAGAUAGUCUAAAGGAAGAAUACGAUCGCGUACAAUCGUCCAUCAGCCGCCUGCACUCCGAACGCGACAAGGCAACGGCAGAACUUGAUAAGGCGCGCGAAGAACUAGAAAGGACACAAGCCACUCUGGGCAAGGCACAAUUACAGCAAGACAAACUUCAGGCGUCGUUGGAUUCAGCGCACUCGGAGAUUGAUAAACUGCAAGAGAAAUUGGAUAAAUCUGCCGUUGAAGUGAGAAAGUUGCAAGUGGAUCGUGAGAAAUCUGCCUACGACUUCGAGUCUCUACAGUCACAACUCGACAAAGCCCUCGGUCAAGCAGCGAGACUGCAGAAAGAACGAGACACUGCUCAACUCGAUGCUGAUCGCUUCAGAGACAAGCACGACAAAGCGCAGGCACUCGUAGCUCGCGUUCAGAAAGAGCGAGACACAGCACUGGCGGAGGCCGCUAGUUGUCGCGAGCGCGCUGAAGCGGCCGCCGCUGCCGCCAACCGCGCUGCCAGGGACAGAGACAGUGCAGCCACAGAGCUGGACGUGCUCAGAGAGAGAUGGGAGAAGGCACACCAGCAACAUCAGAAAUUGACGAUGGAGAGAGAUGACGCCUUGACAGAGCUGGAAAUAUUGAAAGAGAAGUUAGACAAAGCUCUAUACUCAACACAAAAGACUGUUGAAGAAAAAGAAACAGCGCACAAAGAAUACGAAAAAAUGCUUGAAAAGUAUGAUAGAUCACAAAAUGAAAUCUACCGUCUACAAAACAAGAUAGACUUACUUGAAGCAGAUAAAGACCGACUUGAAUUGGAGUUAGAGAAAAAUGUUAUUCUGGCAACCAAAUCUAGAGAGGAUCAAAGGAAAAUACAAGACGAACAUGCUAGAUUACAGGAAAUGUACGAUAGGGCAUCUUUACAACUAGGCAGAACUAAAGAACAAGAAGAAAAGGCUAAAGAGGAUAUGGAUAGGUUAUGUGUAGAUAUCGAAAUGGUUCGAGAUCGUUAUGAAAAGGGUCAAAUUGAAUUACGAAGGUUGCAAGCAGAAAAAGAAAAGUUAAUAGCUGAUAAUGAACGUCAACAGUUUGAAUAUGACCGUGCAAUGACGCAAUGUGGUAAAGCACAAGCAUCGAAUGAGAAAACUCAAGAAGAAAUGGCAAGAGUCCAAGUAGAACUGGAGAAAAUGUAUGACAAACAUGACAAAGUAUCUGCGGAGCUUAGAAGAGUCCAAGCAGAGUUAGAUAAAGUGAAGGCAGAUGCUAGUGGAGCAAGGGAGGAAGCUGAACGAUAUGCAUCUCGUUAUGGAAAAUAUCAUGAUAGUAAAGAAGAACACGAACGAACCAAGUUGGAGGUGGAACGACUGCGCACACGGCUAGACAAGACAACUCUAGAACUGGAGCGGGCGAGGAAGGCCGAGGAAGAAGUUACCCGUCUACGCUCGGAGCUUGAACGCGUCGAAGGCCUCCGAGGUAAAUACCAAUUCGAACAGGAUAAAUGGAGUACAGAAAUAAAUAGACUACAGGGAGAGCUAGAUAAACAUCGUGAGCGUUACGAGACAUCGCAGGCUGAAAUCCAACGUCUUCAAAGUGAAAAGGAACAAGCGGAAACUAAAUUCCACGAACUUAAUAUACAACUUGAACUUUCUAAGACUGAAGUAACUAAACUUAGUGCUGCAAUGGAGAAGCAACGGACAGAUCUAGAAAGAGCUCAUAUUGAGUGUGAGAAGUUCAGGGAUCGGUGUGAGAAACUAAAAUUGCGUUCAGAACAGCUGGAUAAGGAUAACGAAAGGCUUAAGGGUGAAUUGCAACAGAUUGAAAGAAUGAAAUUACAGGCAGUUGCUGGUGAUAAAGCUAGAACAGAAGAUAGAUUGGAGAUUGAACGUCUUCGUGAUAAAUUGGAAAAAGCUAUUCAAGCCAGAGACGCGACUGAAAUGGAAGCUGGUCGUCUGGCAAAAGAACUCGAAAAGUCACAGAUGCAUCUUGCUAAAUACCAGGAAACAAAUGAGACUACGCGAGUAGAGUACGAUAGAAUGACCAACGAAUUGGGGAGAAUGCAUGAAAGACUAGAGCGAACGAUUUUAGAAAUGCGUCAAAUUGAACAAGAAAGAGAUGCUUUAAGAGCUGAAAUACAGAAUAUGAGGCGUAAUGUAGAACAGCAACAGCGAACUCUGGACCAUAGAACGCAGGAAACAUUAGUAAAACUACAACAAGAGUUAGCUCAAUCGGUUCGAGAUCGAGAAAAGAUGGCAUCUAUAUUGGAACAAAGAGAUAACCAAGCGGAUGCGAUAGAAAAGCAGAUAGUGAAACUUGAGGCUGAUACAAAGCAAUUGACAAUAGAACGUGAUCAAUUGGUAGCUCAAUUGGAGAAGUCACAGGAUAUGCUUGUUAACUUCCAGAGAGAAUUGAAUUCAUCAGAGACAGAACUCCAGAAGCAACGGGAAGAAGUACGUAGAUUGAAGGAAGAACAAAGAAAAAUAGCUCAAGAUUCAGAGCGUGGCGCCAAAUCGGUUAUCGAGAGUCGAGACAAAGAAAUUGUAAAACUCCAACAACAUAUGCAAUCUAUCACCAAAGAGAAAGAUGCUCUGCGGCAAAGAGCAGAAAAAGCCGAGAAAGAUGCUCAGAAAGCUGGAGAAAUUGAAAAAUGGAAAAUGGCAGUCGAAUCAGAAAAAACGAAAGCAAUCGCAGCGGAAAAAGCGUUAUCAGAAUGCCAGCAGCGUUUACAAUACAUAGAAAAACAAUUCCAGGCGCAACAACAGCAAUUGCAGCAACUUCAAGCGCGCGGACCGUCCGACGUGCGCGAGGUUCAAAAGCAGCUUGAAGCGGCACAAGCGGAGGCGCGGUCGCUCGCUGUGGAAAGGGAGCGUUGCCAGUCGCAGCUCGAGAUGCUCGUUCAGGAAUUGGAGAAGAGCCAGCUCGAUCUCAGAGAAGCGAACAAGAAACUCCAACAAGCUGGCAACCAGAACGCCAAAGCUGGGGAAGAUACGGCUCAAGCUAGAAGACAACUGCAAGAAGAAUUCAAAAAGUUAGACGACGCGAGAAAACAAUUUGAAGAGAACAGGAGAAUGGUUGAAAAUAAACGUAAAGACGUGGAAGAAAAGGAGAAAUCGCUGAUGGAAUUAGAUCGACAGUUAAAGAAACGAAAAGAGCAAAUGGACCAAAUGGAAGCAUCUUUGAGGAAGGCUGGCGGCAGUGCAGCGGCGGUCACAGAUCUGAACCGCAAAUUAGGAGACACGCAGAAAGAGGCUGACCAGUUGAAGGCUCAACUGAGUGCGAGCGAGGAGGAGUCCAAGCGGCUAGCGGCAGAGACCGAGAGACUGUUGCAACUCGUGCAAAUGUCACAAGAAGAGCAGGCGCAGAAAGAGAAACAGAUCAUGGACUUGCAACAGUCUAUACGAAACCUCCAAGCCAAACUGAAAAGUCAGCAACAAGCACAAGCACAAAGAGAAGAGGCCGGGCCCGCUGGCUUCCUCAAAAGCUUUUUCUAAGUUAGUUCUUCUCACCAAGACUGUCAUUUAUUUAUUUUCUCUUUUCGUUAACGUUUUUUCUUUAACCGUCGCGAGUACUAACAAUUCCGUGAGCGACAUCUCCAGACUCCACGUCUUUCUGUUAAAGAACUUAUAUCACAUAAGCUUUACAAUUGCAAUUCGUAUUAAGUAAUGUUAUUGAAAUUUGUAUUGAAUAUUAUAAUGAAGUGUUCAGAUAAUAAUAAAGUAUCAAGUAUCAUCUCUUGUUGAUAAUCAAAUGAAAACCAUGAACAAAUACAGGUUUUUAAACUUCAGUUCAUUGUAACCAGCACACAACUAAGGUAAUUAUUAGUUUAGCGAUAAUUUUUAAGUGAUGUUUAAAAGAUUAAAUAAUCGUGUUCAGCGGGAAUUAUUUUUUAAGUAUUGAUAAAAACAAUAUUGUAAAACUGUUAAGUAUUCAUGUAUCUACUCGUAGGUAGAACCGUAAGUUGUCCACUAGUCGAUGUUAACAGCUUUCAUUCUUGUUAUGCGAAAUAUCAAUUGACUAUGAAUAAAAGGAAAUCUAUGU